UGCUUCUAGAAUUCUCGCGUUAGUUGUUGUCUUUCUGUGGCAAGACAUGCGAAUAUUUUCUAGACCAGUAAUUAUAACGAUUGUUGCAUAUCCCAGUACCUGUAUCGUUCAGCUGCUUGUUGUGUCCUAGCGUUCCAAUAAGUUUGCAGUGCACCUCGAUCUCGACUUUGAAUGCAAUGUGCUCUUAGCGGACUCUGUUGUCAUUGAUAGGGAACUGCAUGUUACAUGACAUUCUGGUCGUUAGUGAAGUUUGCUUCCCCUACUGUUAGCUGCGACUGUGUUCGCGCUCUGGACGACUGGCAGCUCGACAAAGUGCUCAUUUGAACACACACACGCGACUUCUAGCUGCCGCAGCAACGAGUUUCAGGAGCGUCGCCAGAUCGGUAACAACUGCGACAAUCUGAUCAAGUCUGCUGCUACUGAGUCUGGACAUUUGGAGUGGGCUGUUUAUACCAGUACCCUACUAUUAAAGUUAAUAACUAAUUGAAGAUGGCCGCGUCCUCAUCUAACCCGGCUUCUAAUGAUGCAUGCAGUCUGUACGUCGGAGACCUUCACCCUGAUGCCACAGAGGCCGCAAUCUUUGAAAAGUUUUCGGCCCAGGCACCUGUGAUGUCCAUAGGCGUCACCCGUGAUCAAGUCACACACCGCUCUCUUCGCUAUGCUUAUGUCACCUUCAAGGAUCCGAAAGAUGCCGAAAAGUGUAUGGAUGUGCUAAAUUUCGAGCCGCUCUUUAAUCGCCCAAUGCAUAUCAUGUGGUCUCCACGUGAUGCCGCACUGCGCCAAUCCGGGGGAUGUACUAAGGUCUUUAUCAAGAACCUGGACAGAGCACUCACUACCAGCAAGGAUGUGCAUGAUGCAUUUAGAUCUUUCGGAGAGAUUGUGUCCUGCAAGGUUGCUUGUGACGACAGCGGCCAGUCCAGAGGGUACGGCUAUGUUCACUUCACGGACCGUGAAGCUGCCCAGUCAGCUAUUGACAGUGGCGUGCUGGUGAAUGACCGCAAGGUGGUUGCCAGCCGCUUCAUGUCACCACGUGAGCAUAUCGAGAAGCUUGGCAGCACCAGCGUUUACAUCAAGAACUUCCCAGAUGACAUCGAUGGUGAUGAGAAACUCGAGGCGAUGUUCGAAUCGUUUGGGAAAAUCUUCAGUGCCAAAGUUAUGUUCGAUGAAAGUGGAAAAGCGCGUGGAUUUGGCUUUUGCAAUUUCGAGUCUCCGUCUGAUGCUGAGAAGGCUAUUCGUGAGAUGAACGGAAAACCCAUGGGCGGAGGAAAGAAUCUGCAUGUUGAACGGCAUGUGAAGAGGGACGGGAAGCCGAAAGACCAGCGCGGUAAAACCUACCCUGGUGUCAACCUUUACGUUAAGAACAUCGAUGACACCAUUGACGAUGAUCGCCUGGAGAAGGAGUUCUCUUCCUAUGGAAGUAUCACCUCUGUCAAGGUCAUGAGGGAUGAUAGGGGACAUAGCAAAGGAUUCGGCUUUGUCUGUUUCGCUAGUUCCGAGGACGCUGGCAAGGCGUUGCGGGAAAUGAGUGGGAAAAUGAUCGGUACUAAGCCACUGUACGUUGCCCUUGCUCAACGCAAGGAGGACCGACAGGCUCAGUUAUCCCAACAGUACACGCAUGCACCACCGGCAAUGCUUAUGCAGCAGCCACCUCAGCAACCACCUCAGCAGCAGCAACAGACCGGUUACUGGGUAACCAUAAGGCCAAAUCCACUUACGUCCUAUUGUGUGCAGGCUGCCGGUCAGCAGAUGCCGGUGUUCCAGCCUCAAGUCUACUAUCCCAUGCCACCGCCACCACCGCAGGCAGCAGCAGCAGCAGCUACAGCAGCUCACCCGCGAGCUCCCUUCAUGCCUCGACCGUCUGGCAUGCAACCGCCGCCACCGCAGGGCAGGUUCCAGCAGAUGAGGCCACCCAGCCAGAACCCACACGGGAUGAUGCCACCGGCGGGUGCCUAUGGCGCCAAUGCUGCUAGCAACGUGCACUAUUGGCCGCAGGCCAGUCAUCCCCAGGGACAGGCGGCGGCCGCGGCGUAUCCUGCUGGUGCUGUGCCUGCAGCCGGUCACAUUGGCGCGGGGGGUGCUGUCUCCACAGCUGCUCGGUCCAGCUCCAACGCUGAACACUUCAAUGGACUGUUGUAUCCACCUCAUCCACGUGGUGGCCCAGCCCGGGGUCAUCAGUACCGGUAACCCAAAUGUGGAAGCUGCUGCUUUGCAGAGAGUGUGCAUCUCCGGUUUUCUUCAAGCGUAAGCUGGCCCCGGAAAGCAAGCAGCGGACAAGAUCACUGGGCACUCUUGACGGUAGACCAUGCAGAGAUUGCGUGCGCAGGACCAACUUAAAUUCUCUUCCAGCUGAUAGUGGCUCUGAAAACACGUCUGUGUUGCGGACGCCAUACCAGCAGAUUGUGGAGAUCAGUACAUGCAACCCUGGAGAGGAGGUGAUUGUCACCGCCAUCUUCUUUACUGACACCAGAUUGUGUGUCCAACUGUUUAUGGUUCUUGUACACUGUGGCUCACCAAUAACAUGGGCGCGUGAUGUCAACAUGGAUACUGGAAAGACUUACCUAGUUAGGUUGUCUCGGUUACAACUAGCAAGUCCGAUGGAAAUUACGAUUGCUUCUGUUGCUGGAGAAUCGUAAAUGCACUACUCCUGACAAUCAAAAAUAUACUUGAAAAAAAAUGUUAGUCACGGAACAAAGUUCAUUUUUGUAGAGUCUGGUUACUGCGUAUGUAGGACUGUUGCUACUGUAGAGCUUGAGUGGAAUUCCACAUUAAUAUAUACAAGUACAUGCAAUUGUCGUCUUGGAAA